AGAGCUGGGGACAGUCCCUGGUACCAAAAAAUAAAAUAAACUAAAUAUCAGCUCGAGUCAUAUUUAAAAACAACUUAUAUAAAGUAGAUGAUUUAAAAAAAAAAAUCUGAAGUGGACGCCUGAUGGGCACCUUGCGUUUUUAUUCGCUGGAUCUGGCAACCCACGGAAGGCCAGAGAAGGCUUGGGGUCAGAGAGCAAGUGGCCCCGUCCCAUCCCCCCUCCUGUGACCCAACAGAGGUGACACUGAGGUUCAGGUCCUACGAUGGGCAGUGGCCCUCCGAGUCCUGGCCAGUUCUGGGGACCCAGAGCCCCUGAUGGCGUCCCCUCCAACGUGGUUCCUCCCGCACCGACGCACACGUGGACUCUUUUCCAGGAUCUUUCUGGAAAAUUCCGUCUGGAACCAGAGCGGCCCGGGUUGUGCAACGGGGCUCCGAGGGCUCUUUUGCAAACUUGGUGGCAGCGUUUCAGAGGACGCUCUUGCAGGCCCCUGUCCCUGGGGGUGAGGCAGGAGCCUGGCAUUCGGCAGCUGGGAGCCGGGCAGGCGACCCAGGGUGGGGACAAGCCCCGCCAGGGGCCGUGAGCCACCGUCCUGACUCUCUUUCCUCCUUCACAGCGGCCACCAGCGCGGCCCGGCCAGCAUGGUGGACCACCUGCUGCCGGUGGACGAGACCUUCUCGUCGCCCAAGUGCCCCGUGGGGUACCUGGGGGACAGGCUGGCCAGCCAGCGGCCCUACCACAUGCUGCCGUCGCCCCUUUCCGAGGACGACAGUGACGUGUCCAGCCCAUGCUCCUGCGCCAGCCCCGACUCCCAGUCCCUCUGCUCCUGCUACGGCGGUGGCCCCGGUGCCGAGGGACAGGACAGCAUCUUGGAUUUCUUGCUCUCCCAGGCCACCCUGGGCGGCGGCGGCGGUGGUGGUGGCGGCGGUGGCAGCGCAAGCCUGGGGGACAGCAGUGGCCCUGUGACCUGGGGGACGUGGCGGAGGGCCCCGGUGCCCGUGAAGGGGGAGCACAUUUGCUUCCCAGAGUUCGCGCUGGGGGACCCCGAGGAGGUGGCCAGGCCCUUCCAACCCACCCUGGAGGAGAUCCAGGAGUUUCUGGAGGAGAACAUGGAGCCGGAGGCCAAGGGGCAGGAGUCACUUGCUCUUUUAAGAACCAGCAAAGCCUUGCUGACCCUGCCCUGGUCCUGGGGAGGCUGCUGGCUCCGGAACCAGGCGGCCAGGCAGGUGCCACGCGUCCCCUGCGCGCUCCUGGCUGACCGCGCUGCCGUGUCCCGCAGGUUCUCACGCUCCGACGAGCUGUCGCGACACAGGCGGUCCCACUCGGGCGUGAAGCCUUACCAGUGCCCCGUGUGCGAAUAUACCCUGGGGGGGGGAGGCAAACAUGCCCUGGAGAAGCGCAGGAUCGAUUUCCAGCGCUAA